AUGGUUAAGAAAAAUCAAAAAACACAGACCUACGGAGAAGUGAACCAAUUAGGAGGUGUGUUCGUCAACGGCCGACCGUUACCCAAUGCUAUAAGGCUGCGGAUCGUGGAGUUGGCACAGCUAGGCGUGCGACCGUGUGAUAUAAGCCGCCAGCUUCGUGUGUCCCACGGCUGCGUCUCCAAGAUACUUGCCCGCUACCACGAGACAGGUUCUAUUCUCCCUGGUGCUAUCGGAGGGAGCAAGCCACGAGUAACAACACCGAAGGUCGUGGCAUAUAUCAAAGACCUUAAGCAAAAAGAUCCAGGCAUCUUUGCCUGGGAGAUACGUGACCGACUGUUAGCGGAUGGAAUCUGUGACAAGUACAACGUGCCUUCAGUGAGUAGCAUCAGCAGAAUUCUCCGGAACAAAAUUGGCUCAGCGGUGCAUCACUUAAACGGACAUUAUCACCCGUACGACAGUUCAAAAGACCAUCGACAUAUCUACAGUGCCAUCUAUCCGUAUCCCUGUGCUGCAGGGCCACCACCACAACCAGCUGCUCCCUUGUCCCAGUCUGCUAUGAGCAUGACGUCAGGAAAACUCAUUAACCACAACUCUAAUAUCCCAACUGUUACCCCAUCUUUCAGAGGAUGGCCUACGUCCCAUGCAGUAUCUGACCUUCUCAGCCAUUCUAUGACUUUCCGUCCACCUCCCCAAUCAGUGUCCAUGCCAUUAAGUGGCCAGCUGUCUGCUGACCCUGCUCAAAACUACAACUAUUAUAUGUACCUGCAAAAUCAUCAGAACAGUGUCACUGCAAACACUCUCUCUCCUAUCAUGCACGGCGUAGUCACUCCGAAUCUAUGUCCUACUUCUCAUUCAGCUGCCAUAUGACUUUCGCCCACCAGAUAAAAUGAAGAAUCGCAACACUAGUCUUCGUGGUUCAUAACUUUAAUCAAAACUUUUAAAA